AUAGGCGUGCAGGGACCUUGGGCAGGAGUGAGAAGGCUUCCUGCUCCACGUCCCCCUGCCAUGGAGAGUGGAGUGCUGUCUCUCAUGCAACAAGCAUUGAUCCGAGACUGGUCGUGAGUGAACAACGACCCUGUGCAGCACAGCAUGGUGCUGUUCAGCAGAUUGCUUGAUCUGGACCCUGAUCUGUUGCCCCUUUUCCAGUACAAUUGCAAGCAGUUUGCCAGCCCUCAGGAAUGCCUCUCUGCCCCUGAGUUCCUGGAUCACAUUAGGGAGGUGAUGUUGGUGAUUGAUGCUGCUGUGAACCACCUGGAGAACUUACCAUGCUUGGAAGAUCUCUGCGCUCUUGACAAGAAGCACCAGACAGUUGGUGUGAAGGUUGAAUCUCUUUUGACUGUUGGCGAGUCCUUGCUGUACAUGCUGGAAAACUGCCUUGGCACUGUCUUCUGCCUGGAUGUGCAGGAGGCUUGGAUCAAACUCUGUGAUGAGGUGGUGAAAGCCAUACGAUGUGGCUGGGACUAG